AUGUCGCACGACCAGCGUUCGCCCUCCGAGGAGGUCUCUAGGACCGCCCUGUCCAAACCUGCUUCGGAGUCGACUAUCGUGGGCGAUGGGCACCACCCACUGCCAGCCAAAGACACCAGUACACGGGCAUGGCUAGUCGUGGUGGGCGGUUUACUGAUCUACUUUCCGACUUUUGGAUUCCUCAAUGCUUUCGGUACCUUCCAAACGUUUUACGUACAGGAUCUCCUUGCCGGAACCUCCAGCUCCAAGAUUGCUUGGAUUGGCUCUUUGCAGAUCUUCCUCCUCUUCAUUGGUGGUCUAGUGGUUGGCCCUCUGUAUGACAAGGUGGGAGCUACCAAGCUCUUGGUGCCGGGGUCGGUCGUCUAUGUCGUCGCCCUGAUGCUCACCAGUGUGUGCAAGAAGUACUACCAGCUCAUCCUGGCUCAAGGAAUCUUGUUUGGCUGUGCCAAUGCGCUGCUCUUCUAUCCAACUAUCGCAGCCAUCAACCAAUGGUUUGAUCGGCGUCGAGGGAUAGCACUCGGACUUGCUGUGUCGGGGUCCUCACUGGGCGGAAUCUUCUGGACAGAAAUCAUUCAGCUCAUGCUUGACCACAUUGGAUUCGGAUGGACCGUCCGUGCCUGCGGGUUCAUCAGUCUGGCUUUCCUUGUUCCAAGCUGUGUGUUGAUCAUCACUCGGCCUCCAGAGCCCGGGGAGAGCAAGGACAUGCAGCUCGACUUCAAAGCCAUCUUUACCGAUACCAAGUAUCUGCUCUUUAGCGUGGGAAUGCUGCUCGUGCUCUGGGGAAUGUUCAUUCCCUUUUUCUACCUGCCAUCUUACGGAGAGACGUACGGAAUGAGUGUGACGGGAGCAAACAAUCUCCUCGCCUACAUGAACGCAGGGUCCUUCGUCGGUCGAGUUCUAACGGGCCUGAUGGCCGAUCGCCUGGGACGAUUCAACGUUAUCUCACUGGCUGCACUAAGCUGUGGUAUCCUGCUCUUUUGUCUUCACAAAAUCACCACAUCCGGCGCCAUCAUUGCCUUCUCGACCCUGUACGGCAUCUGCUCGGGCGGGUUGAUCUCGCUACAAUCGGCAUGUAUUGGCCAGAUCACUCCUGACCACAGUAUUAUUGGUGUCAAGAUUGGGCUUAUGAUGGGUUUCUGUUCGGUUGGAGGCUUGACCGGUAGUCCAAUCGCGGGGGCUCUUCUCAGCGCCGACCACCAGAAGUGGUAUGGAUUCAUCGACUUUUGUGGUUCGAUCCUCAUGGGCGGAGCUGUGGUGACAAUCCUCUCUCGCUACGUGGCAGCUCCGCGGGAAUGGAAGUUUUAG